AUGUCUCGAUUCUUCCGCGGUGGCGACGAGAGCUCCAGCGACUCCUCUAGCGAUGAGGAGGACCUCUACUCCGAGGAGGAGGAGGAGCAGCAGCAGCAGGACAACCAGGACGAUUCCGACGAUGAUUCCCAGAACGACUCCGACAGCGACUCCAGCGACUCCGAUGACGGAAAGGCAGGUGCCAAUAAGUUCUUGAAGGAUGCGUCGUCAGACGAGGAAAGUGACGAGGAGGUUCGAGGCAAAGUCAAGAGUGCCAAGGACAAGCGACUCGACGAGCUGGAGGCCACCAUUAAGCAGAUUGAGAAUGGCCAGAAGAACGGCGACUGGACCCUCAUUUCGGCCGAGUCCGAUAAACUCAACCGCCAGGUCGCCAAGCUGACCAGCGGCAAGACCCCCAAGCCGUACAUCCGAAUCCUUGCCGAACUCGAGGACUUCAUGAACGAGGCCCUCGCCAAGGCCAAGGUCACCCCCAAGAAGAUGAACGCUACCCAAGCCCGAGCCUUGAACGCCGUUAAGCAAAAAAUCAAGAAGACCAACAAGGAGUACCAGACCCAGAUCGAUUCUUACCGCGCCGACAAGGAUGCCUACAUGGAGUCCUCUGACGACGAGCCUGUCGCGGUUGCUCCCAAGGCCAAGAAGACCGCCCGGUUCGAGGUCGAGGCUGCUCCCGCCCAAGAGGAGGAUGAUGAAGGCUUCGCCACUGUUGGAAAGGGCGGAAAGGCUCUCCAGUACACCCCCGAGAGCAUCUUCAAGCACCUUCGAGGCAUCAUGGAGUCUCGCGGAAAGAAGAACACCGACCGCACAGAGCAGAUCAAGGUCAUGGAGAAGUUGUACGAGAUUGCCACCACCCCCUACCAGAAGAUCCGCGUCCUCCUCACCAUCAUCUCUGCCCGAUUCGAUCUCGGAGCUGGUACUGGCAAUGUUAUGCCCCUUGAGCACUGGAAGGCCGCCGAGAGGGAGCUCUCAGCCCUUCUCGAGGUCCUCCGGGAGAGCCGAGAGUACAUCGUUGUUGAGCAUGCCGAGGAGUGGGAUGACGAUGAGAAGCCCCCGGCCCUGCAGGAGGGAGAGAAGUAUAUCAAGGUUGCUGGCAGCAUCGUCUCAUACGUUGAGCGACUGGACGACGAACUCGUUCGCUCCCUGCAGAGCAUCGACCCUCACACCUCUGAGUAUAUUGAGCGGUUGCAAGAUGAGGGUGCUCUCUACAACAUCAUCUUCCGUGGUCUCCUCUACUACGAGACCCUCCGAAAAGACGAGGCCCUUGAAACCCCCCAGGACAGCGUCAACCGAGUUGUCAUGCGCCGCCUGGAGCAUGUCUACUUCAAGCCCGCCCAGGUCGUCAAGACUUUCGAGGAGAACUGCUGGAACGGCAGUGGCCCUUCCGUUGAGUCGGUCAUCACCCCCCGAAGCGAGGCCCAGGAUGCUGGAAACCUUGUCAACGUUCUGUGCAACUACCUCUUCAGCAACAGCGAGGGCAUUAUCCGCGCCCGAGCUAUGUUGUGCCAGGUCUACUUCCUUGCUCUCCACGGAGAGUACUACAAGGCCCGUGACAUGAUGUUGAUGUCCCAUCUUCAGGAGAACAUCCCCAACUUCGAUGUCCAGAGUCAAAUUCUGUAUAACCGAACACUGGUUCAAGUUGGUCUCUGUGCCUUCCGCAAGGGCCUCGUCUACGAUGCCCAGAACACCCUUCAGGAGAUCUGCGGCAGCGGUCGCCAGAAGGAGCUUCUCGCCCAGGGUGUCAUGAUGCAGCGAUACAGCCAGGUUUCUCCCGAGCAGGAGCGCCUGGAGAAGCAGCGUCAACUCCCCUUCCACAUGCACAUCAACCUGGAGCUGCUCGAGUGUGUGUACCUCACCUGCAGCAUGCUCCUGGAGAUUCCCCUGCUGGCCCAGACCGGUUCUUCGCCCGACGUUAAGAAGCGUGUCAUUAGCAAGACCUACCGCCGCAUGCUCGAGUACCACGAGAGGCAAAUCUUCACUGGCCCCCCUGAGAACACUCGCGACCACGUGAUGCAGGCUUCCAAGGCUCUGGCGGCUGGCGAGUGGAAGAAGUCCACCACCUUUAUCCACAGCAUCAAGAUCUGGGACCUCAUGCCGAAUGCUGAGGAGAUCAAGACCAUGCUCUCCAAGCAGAUCCAGGAGGAGGGUCUCCGAACAUAUCUCUUUACCUACGCUCCCUUCUACGACACUCUCGCCAUCGAGACCCUCAGCGGCAUGUUCGAGCUUGACAUCACCAAGGUGUCAGCCGUUGUCAGCAAGAUGAUCAGCCACGAGGAGCUGGCCGCCUCCCUGGACCAGGUCACCUUGACCGUCAUCUUCCGCAAGGGCGUCGAGCUCAGCCGUCUCCAGUCCCUUGCCUUGGCGCUGUCCGACAAGGCCAGCGCGCUCAUUGAGACCAACGAGCGAACACUGGAGCAGCGAACCCAAGGCACCUCUAACGCUUUCGAGCGACAAGGUGGCCGUGGUCGGGGUGGCCACAGGGGCCGGGGCGGUGGCCGAGGAGGCCCGCGAGGAGGCGGCAACACGCAGCGACAGGCCGGUGGAACACAGUUCACGGGCGGAGCGCUGGGUGCUGCUGUCCGGGGUUAA